AUGGAAUUGAAGAUCAUUUUUGAAGUUGUUGUGGUGGUUUGUUCCUUUUUUUCAUCGAGUUUUAGCCAAGAACUCAAUCCCAAAGGCAGGAAUGUAUGCAAAUUGCCAGGGUAAGUAUAGCUGCACUGCGGACGCGGAAUAACGUGCUUCUGUCGAUAAAAGAAGGAGUUGCCUGCUUCUAUCGCUCUCCAUGCAAUGCAACUACUAAGCUACUUGUUUAUUAUUCAGGUCAAAUUCUGAACUAUUGUGCUUUGAUUAUUGACUGCUCACAUUGCAAAAGUCUGUUUUAGACUCGGGUAUGAAGGUUUAUUUUGCCCUUCACUACCUAAAAUAGUUCAUUUUCGAUAUUGCGUAAGCUAGUUAGUCAUAUUUAUUUUCAAAUGCAGUCUCCUUACACAAGGAGGAGUCCAUCUGAGGAGCAGCCAUCCAAAUGCUACCUACAUCUGGAACCAUGCGUAAUGUUCUAUAAUUUCACAUAGGGGGCGCUUCCAGGCGCUAUAUAUUUAGUGACACUGGCUUGAAGUCGUGGCAUCAGCUAUAUGACUGAAAAUAACCACACAAAAUUGUAUGGCUGCAGCUGCAAAAAACAAAGGAAAGUUCUAGACUGAACGUAUAGACAGCUUGGUGUCCCAAUGUUUUCAUUUAUCAGAUUCAGAACAUGUGUAUGUGUGGGGGGUGGGCGGUGGUUGUGGAGGGGGACUGAAAACCACAUGUCAAAGGAGGGUCGGGUGUAGGACCAGAGUCUGUGGGAUCUGUUGAUAUUUUGGCAUUCCAUAAUAGAGGUCAUAGCCCUUCUGUGGUCUUAUACACGUUUAAAUGUCAUUACAAGAAGACACCUGGGCCUAUCCUUACCUGUUAGAAUAUGACUCAAUAGACAAUGGUGAGCAUUUGCAGUGCCUCAUGGGCAAAACAUGUUCCUUUGUUGUCAAAGUUGUUGUCAAAGUUGUUGCCAAAGUGUCUAUAGUUGGUAUGAAGGUCAUUACUUUAACAUUUAGCAUCCCUGAUGAGUUUUAGUGCUUACUGUAAACUAUUCUCAACCCUUUUAUCUUCAACACAAUCACACAAGUUCACCGCUGGCCCCACUCUCAAUUUAACGUCUCUAUCACAACCCUAUUCUUCGUGUUUUUACAUGCUUGCAUGAUUGCUUUUUUGCUGUGCACCACCCCUAUCAUUUUAUUUCAUUUGUGCAUUUUGUUUAAUCUCUUAACUGGGUUCACUGCUCACAGGAAGAAUUGAGGGAAGUAGUUGUUUUUUUUAUCAUUGCUGCUCAGCACUUCCUAUCUGUGUCCUCGUGUUACUAAAUCAGCUCGCUGACUGUAGUGGGGUCAUUGACAACGUUAACAACAUUGGUUCACACAUCAUUGUUUGUCAGUAUUCAAUGCAUCAUAAAGUACCAUGGGAAAGUGAGAAUUGCAAAGAAAACCCAUAAAAAUGGGGAAAAGCUGCUAUCUGAUUUUGACAGUGUCGAGAAACAAAUAUUAUGUUAUUGAAUGAGGUGUUCAGUACUAGAACACCCUUAGAAGUGCCAAAUGUAACAAUACUGUGGGCGAAAAAGUUUAGGCUAAUUUGAGUAACGAAAGACAAAUGUGGGACCUGCUUUGAUCAUGAGAGACCAAUGUGAGUCCUGCUUUAUGUCAAAACGUCACAUUUGUUACACAAUGAACAUAAUGUGUCUUUUCCAGAGCUGUGAUGGAUUGAGCUGUGUGUCAAAGGUCAGAUGGGGUCAUCUAAAAUCACAGAUACCGCUGGCCACCUUGGAAACACUUCACUGAAAGGAGAUUUGAUUAAUACUGUACAAACAGCUUCUUGUCAGCUAUAAAUGAACCCACACAGCUUUUUAUCCAUGCAUUAGCUCAUUCUUGCGUUUUUAGACCUAAUCCAGAAUAGUAGGCCUAAAUAAGACCAGUAUCCCUCAGACUCUUCCUCUGUGUGACAGACCCAGCUCUGAGACAAAACAGAGAGGCUGAGAUAGUGUUUUUAACACAUGGCAGGUUUUAGAGGGGAAAAACAGCGCAUGUGUGUGUCUGUGUGCACGUGUACGUGCAUGCGCGCUCGCGCGCCCUGACUGAAGGGAGAAUGCCGCCCCAACACUUUAGAGGAAGUAAAAGUGUGGCGGGGGGCUCUGGGAGGUCAGUGGUGUGGGAGGAAGAAGAGAAGCAUCUGUCCUUUCCUGACAGAGCAGAGCGGAGAGGAGAGCAGUGCGGAGGGGAUCUAUCGUUGCUUCAAGCUAGACCGCCAAAGACUGCCUCUCUAAACACACUCCUCACUCCUUCCUGGCUAGACGUGGGGUCAUCUUUAAACAGUAUUUGUUUUCUUUCUGAUACCAAAGCUGUGCUUGAUUGAGACUGACUGACACACUGGAUCAAUGGGAUAGUCCCAAAAGUGCAAAACAUCACCCUCCAGGCAUGCCUGGAAGGUUCAAUCACACGUUCAAAGUAUUUGAAAGAAAACAAAUACUUUUUGAACCGUGGUUGUAGCUAGCUAGCUAUUGCUAGAGUUGCUCCUCUAUAUUCUCCCUGGGUUAGCACUUCAGAGGCUACUAUUGUUCUGACUGUUGACUGCUGACAGACCGGGCAGGAGAGGUCGGGGUUGAAGGCGCGCUGCAGAAAGGGAUGUUUAUGAGAGAAGUGUGUUAUUCAUAUUUACCCAUUUCUUUGCACAUGGAAAGCAUAUGGAGAAAGAAAGAACAAAUGCUGCGCAGACGAUUAGAGGAUUCAGCGUUUGCCACAUGAUGGAGAAGUGUGAGGACUGAGGAGAUGAAAGGAUAGUAGUGGUUGUGCAGGGCGGUGGCGUGUUGUUAUGCUCCAGUGUGUGUUUACGUUUUCUUGCUUAUCUUCUUCCUCUCUGACAAUCUCGUAUUUCUUCUCCUCUCUUUCAGGUCACCAGGCUUUGUGUGCUGCAGCGGGUGGGGGCAGAUAGGAGAGGAAUGUUUGACACGUAUGUAUACAGCAUAUCAACAUCAUAGCAUAGUAUUUCAAUAUCUACAUGUUUAUAUCUUGGGCUCCCGAGUGGCGCAGUGGUCUAAGGCACUGCAUCUCAGAUCCCCUGGUUCGAUUCCAGGCUGUAUCACAACUGGCCGUGAUUGAGAGUCCCAUAGGGCGGCGCACAAUUGGCCCAGCGUCGUCCGGUGUAGGCCGUCAUUGUAAAUAAGAAUUUGUUCUUAACUGACUUGCCUAGUUAAAUAAAGGUAAAAAGAAUAUAUAUAUAUAUAUCACUUAGGGCCUGUUUCCUGGACAGAGAUUAAGCCUAGUCCUGGACUAAACAAUUAUUUCAAUGGAGAUUCUCGGGUCGGGGAAACCAGCCCUCAAUGUUUAAUAUGUGGACCUGUAGUGAUUCAGUACAUCCUCCCCCUAGCUCUCUGUGAAGGUAACUUCACCUGUAAGGAAGAUGAGGUGUGCGUCAGGCCCAACGAAUGCCGCUGUCGCCAUGGAUACUUCGGAGCCAGUUGUGAUACAAGUAAGCACCUUGUUUUUCGGACACAUCUCAAACGUCUUGUCCUAAACCAUCAGAAAGGACAUAUUCACCUAGAUAUAAGGCAUCAAAGAAAUGUUUGUGAUGUUCUCACCAUAAUAUCCACCACUUCAUCCCUCCUUUCCCAGAGUGCCCCACCCAGUUCUGGGGCCCCGACUGCAAGGGCAAGUGCCAAUGCUUUCCCAACGGCCAGUGUGACGACGUAACGGGCAAGUGCACGUGCAACCCCAACCGCUGGGGGCCCAUCUGCGAGAAGCCCUGCCUCUGCCAGAAGGGCAAAUGUGACCAGGACACGGGCACAUGCACUUGCCAAUAUGGCUUCUGGGGCCCUCAGUGUGCAAACAACUGCUACUGCAGUCUCAACUCUGUGUGUGACCAGAACACAGGAAGGUGUAACUGUAGUCCAGGCUGGACAGGGAGGAAUUGUGCCAUCCAGUGUAACUGUAAUAACUCGCCAUGUGAGCAGUUCACGGGUCGUUGCCAGUGCCGGGAGAGACUGUGGGGCCAGCGGUGCGAGAGAUAUUGUCAGUGUAUCCAUGGGAAGUGCAACCAGGCGGACGGCUCGUGUACCUGCACACCGGGGUACCGAGGGAAGUUCUGCAGGGAACCGUGUCCCGCAGGGUUCUACGGACAGAACUGCAGGAACAGGUGAGGAACCACUGGAGAACAUGACUCUGUGUUAUUAUAACCGAACAUAAGACAUUUUUCAUGAUAGUGUAGCAGCUGGGAAACUGAAAAGCCAAGGAGCCUUAUGAACAGGGCUUUCUCUUAAUUUUUUCCAAGGAUCUUAAUGUUAAUGUAUUUUCCCUGAUACGUAUUAUAUUGUGGUUUUGGAGUUUUGAUUGGAAAUAUGAUUUGACAUACGCUCCAGCUGAUAACCCUUAACAUAUCUUAAAAUAAAUGUGUAGUGUUUACAGAUUUCUAUAAAAUGUGACCUAGAAAUAAUUACAAUAUGAGUGAAAUAUUAAUUAAGUAUUUUAAAAUCAGCUUUUCUGCGUUGGAAUGGUGUGGGCGUACCCCAACAACAGAAUGGUGUGGGCGUAUACCUGUCAAAAAAAUGAUUUGUGCGAGUAUAGAAAGAGUCAACAGCAUUAUUUGUGUAUGAGUUAACAGAAUAUAAACUUUUGAAAUUGAGAUUUUCACUGGACAGUUACUUUAAACAUGAUAGUGUAUUAGGGCGAUAUUGUGGAAUUGGUAUUCACAUUAUCUCAUAAUAAUCAUCCAAUAUGCUGAAGCCAUUCAGGUUAAGUGAUUUACCUUGCUCAAAGUCUGCAGAACUCAUGUUAUACAUGAGCUGCUACAUAGCCACUUUCCCACACUUCUCUGACCUCUAUGUCGUAGAUGUUAUAAGAAAAGAAGUCUCGAGGUUUUGCUCGCCUGAGGUAGAGUAUCUUAUGAUAAACUGUAGACCACACUAUUUACCAAGAGAGUUUUCAUCUAUAUUUUUCAUAGGUGUCUAUUUACCACCACAAACCAAUGCUGGCAUUAAGAUUGCACUGAAUGAGCUGUAUAAGGCCAUAAAUCAACAGGAAAACGCUCAUCCAGAUGCAGCACUCCUAGUGGCCGGGGACUUUAAUGCAGGGAAACUUAAAUCCGUUCUACCUAAUUUCUACCAGCAUGUUAAAUGUGCAACCAGAGGAAAAAAAACUCUAGACCACCUUUACUCCACACACAGAGACGCAUACAAAGCUCUCCCUCGUCCUCCAUUUGGCAAAUCUGACCAUAACUCUAUCCUCCUGAUUCCUGCUUAUAAGCAAAAACUAAAGCAGGAAGCACCAGUGACUCGGUUAAUAAAAAAGUGGUCAGAUGACGCAGAUGCUAAGCUACAGGACUGUUUUGCUAGCACAGACUGGAACAUGUUCCGGGAUUCUUCAGAUAGCAUUGAGGAGUACACCACAUCAGUCACUGGCUUCAUCAAUAAGUGCAUUGAUGAUGUCGUCCCCACAGUGACUGUACGUACAUACCCCAACCAGAAGCCAUGGAUUACAGGAAACAUCCGCACUGAGCUAAAGGGUAGAGCUGCCGCUUUCAAGGAGCGGGACUCUAACCCGGACGCUUAUAAGAAAUCCCGCUAUGCCCUCGGACGAACCAUCAAACAGGCAAAGAGUCAAUACAGGACUAAGAUUGAAUCGUACUAAACUGGCUCUGACGCUCGUCGGAUUUAGCAGGGCUUGAAAACUAUUACAGACUACAAAGGGAAGCACAGCCGCGAGCUGCCCAGUGACACAAGACUUCCAGACGAGCUAAACCACUUCUAUGCUCGCUUCGAGGCAAGCAACACUGAAGCAUGCAUGAGAGCACCAGCUGUUCCGGAUGACUAUGUGAUCACGCUCUCCGUAGCCGAUGUGAGUAAGACUUUUAAGCAGGUCAACAUUCACAAGGCCGCAGGGCCAGACGGAUUACCAGGACGUGUACUCCGAGCAUGUGCUGACCAACUGGCAAGUGUCUUCAAAGACAUUUUCAACAUGUCCCUGACUGAGUCUGUAAUACCAACAUGUUUCAAGCAGACCACCAUAGUCCCCGUGCCCAAGGACUCUAAGAUAACCUGCCUAAAUGACUACCGACCCGUAGCACUGACGUCUGUAGCCAUGAAGUGCUUUGAAAGGCUGGUCAUGGCUCACAUCAAUAGCAUUAUCCCAGAAACCCUAGACCCACUCCAAUUUGCAUACCGCCCCAAAAGAUCCACAGAUGAUGCAAUCUCUAUUGCACUCCACACUGCCCUUUCCCACCUGGACAAGAGGAACACCUACGUGAGAAUGCUAUUCAUUGACUACAGCUCAGCGUUCAACACCAUAGUGCCCUCUAAGCUCAUCACUAAGCUAAGGAUCCUGGGACUAAACACCUCCCUCUGCAACUGGAUCCUGGACUUCCUGACGGGCCGCCCCCAGGUGGUAAGGGUAGGUAACAAGUACUCCUGAGUGGCGCAGUGGUCUAAGGCACUGCAUCGCAGUGCUAACUGUGCCACUAGAGAUCCUGGUUCGAAUCCAGGCUCUGUCGCAGCCGGCCGCGACCGGGAGACUCAUGGGCGGCGCACAAUUGGCCCAGCGUCGUCCAGGGUAGGGGAGGGAAUGGCCGGCAGGGAUGUAGCUCAGUUGAUCGAGCAUGGCGUUUGCAACGCCAGGGUUGUGGGUUCGAUUCCCACGGGGGGCCAGUAUAAAAAUAUAUCUAUAUAUAUAUAUAUAUAUAUGUAUUCACUAACUGUAAGUCGCUCUGGAUAAGAGCGUCUGCUAAAUGACUAAAAUGUAAAUGUAAAAUGUAACAACACAUCUGCCACACUGAUCCUCAACACGGGGGCCCCUCAGGGGUGCGUGCUCAGUCCCCUCCUGUACUCCCUGUUCACCCAUGACUGCAUGGCCAGGCACGACUCCAACACCAUCAUUAAGAUUGUUGACGACACAACAGUGGUAGGCCUGAUCACCGACAACGAUGAGACAGCCUAUAGGGAGGAGGUCAGAGACCUGGCCGUGUGGUGCCAGGAUAACAACCUCUCCCUCAACGUGACCAAGACAAAGGAGAUGAUUGUGGACUACAGGAAAAAAAAGAGGACUGAGCACGCCCCCAUUCUCAUCGACGGGGCUGUAGUGGAACAGGUUGAGAGCUUCAAGUUCCUUGGUGUCCACAUCACCAACGAACUAUCAUGGUCCAAACACACCAAGACAGUCAUGAAGAGGGCACGACAAAGCCUAUUCCCCCUCAGGAGACUGAAAAGAUUUGGCAUGGAUCCUCAGAUCCUCAAAAAAUUCUACAGCUGCACCAUCGAGAGCAUCCUGACUGGUUGCAUCACCGCCUGGUAUGGCAACUGCUUGGCCUCCGACCGCAAGGCACUACAGAGGGUAGUGCGUACGGCCCAGUACAUCACUGGGGCCAAGCUUCCUGCCAUCCAGGACCUCUAUACCAGGCGGUGUCAGAGGAAGGCCCUCAAAAUUGUCAAAGACUCCAGCCACCCUAGUCAUAGACUGUUCUCUCUGCUACCGCAUGGCAAGCGGUACCGGAGUGCCAAGUCUAGGUCCAAAAGACUUCUCAACAGCUUCUACCCCCAAGCCAUAAGACUCCUGAACAGCUAAUCAUGGCUACCCAGACUAUUUGCACUGCCCCCCCACCCCAUCCUUUUACGCUGCUGCUACUCUGUUAAUUAUUUAUGCAUAGUCACUUUAACUCUACCCACAUGUACAUAUUACUUCAACUACCUCAACUAGCCGGUGCCCCCGCACAUUGACUCUGCACCGGUACCCCCCUGUAUAUAUAGCCUCCCUACUGUUAUUUUAUUUUACUUCUGCUUUUUUUUCUCAACACUUUUUUUGUUGUUGUUUUAUUUUUACUUUUUUGUUAAAAAUAAAUGCACUGUUGGUUAAGGGAUGUAAGUAAGCAUUUCACUGUAAUGUCUGCACCUGUUGUAUUCGGCGCAUGUGGCCAAUAAAAUUGUAUUUUAUUUUAUUUUAUUUUAUUUGAAAAGGCAGUAUGGAGGUGUAACAUUUCUACAGGUUCCUGGAAAUGUAUAUACAGGGCCCGCUAAACUAUGGAGAUAACAACACGAAUAUUCGCUAUAACAAUGUUACUAAAUAGUCUUGGUGUCAAUAGGUCAGGCCAAAGGUAGUGCACCAUAGGGAAUAUGAUGUUAAUAUGGGGCCAUUUUGUAAGCAAAUGUCUCAACCACCAUCCUGAUGCCCUCUCUCCCUCCAUGUCCCCAGGUGUGGCCACUGUAAAGGCCAGCAGCCCUGUAAGAUAACAGAGGGGAGGUGUGUGACCUGUGAGAGGGGCUGGAACGGGACCAAGUGUGAUCAGAUGUGCCUGCCAGGCUUCUUCGGAGAGAACUGCCUGGACGUGUGUCCCCCGUGUAAAGACGGCCACUUCUGCAACCGCAUCGACGGAAAGUGCUCUCACUGCAACCCCGGCUGGAUCGGGGACAGGUGAGAGAACACACACAUGGAAUGGAAACACAAACACACAUACACACACAUAAACACUUCUGGUUUUUGUUUCUACCUGGUAGUUUAUUGCACUCACCUGGUGUCCCAGGUCUGAAUCAGUCCCAGAUUCAAAGGAGAGGAUGAAAACUAGGAGUGUUUUGGCCCCUCCAGGACCGACAUUGAACAGCCCUGCUCUAGUACAAUUUAAAACACUUGAAAACAUAACUUCAAACAAAGACUUACAGUUAUGCUAAUAUACACUUGAAUACAAAGCUAGAGAAAGUUUUAAUUGUUGUCUACUUUUCAGCACGUCAACGUGUAAUUUACAUAGGUACUGCAUUACAAUGACUAUUUCAAAUACUUGAACUUGUACUUGUACUGACACAGGCUUUCAUGUUGUGCUAAUGUUUCUGAGACAUGAUUCACAGCUGAUGUGACAAUGACCAUAAUCACAACAUUCCUUCCUGUUUUGUCUCCCUGGUCGGUAGGUGUGAAGUGCGCUGUCCCAACGGGACUUAUGGGGAUAACUGUGAGAAUGACUGCAGCCACUGUUUUAACGGCAUUUGUCACAUUGCUACCGGAGAGUGCCUGUGUGAGCCGGGAUUUUACGGGACCUAGUGAGUCAGACCUCUCACAAAAACAUCUUCAUGUUUACGCUUCCCUUCACAGCUACAAAACCCAGAGAGCAAUGGCGGUCGGUGCCAUUUAAGAUGAGGGAGGACGAUAUUUUAUUUAAUGAGCUUGGCCUUAUUUCUAUUAUAGCAUAUUUGAUGACUGUCAUUCAUAUUCCAUUCACCCAGCUCAAUUACAUUUACAUUUACGUCAUUUAGCAGACGCUCUUAUCCAGAGCGACUUACAAAUUGGUGCAUUCAACUUAUGAUAGCCAGUGGGACAACCACUCCUUUUAUUUUUUUAUUUUUAUGGGGGGAUGGUGGAGGGGGGGGGGUAGAAUGAUUACUGUUAUACUAUUCCAGGUAUUCCUUAAAGAGGUAGGGUUUCAAGUGUCUCCGGAAAGUGGUCAGUGACUCCGCUGUCCUGGCGUCGUGGGGGAGCUUGUUCCACCAUUGGGGUGCCAGAGCAGCGAAUAGCUUUGACUGGGCUGAGCGGGAACUGUGCUUCCAUAGCGGUAGGGGGGCUAGCAGGCCAGAGGUGGAUGAACGUAGUGCCCUCGUUUGUAACAUCAAUAGGUUUAGGCUACUAAAUGAUACUCAAAUUUUCCCUAUACCCAUCAUGAGGUUGCUACAACCUAGCCUAUGAAUGAAAGUUUACAAUGUAGGAGUACAGGUUGAGAGAAAUUUUAGUAAGCAAGGUGACAGACAUUGACACAUUCAAUACCGCUUUGCACAGUCUUGCUUGCAACUAGCUGAUCUAGGGUGUAAUCAUUAGUCAAACACUUGCAAACUAGAAUUUCUAUUGGACAAAUUCAGGUAUGUUUAUUCCCUUUUCAUUCCGUUUGUUUCCGUUUAAGAAACGUUUUUCAACAGAAUCGGUGGAAUGAAUACACCCCUGUUCACAUGCAAACACACUUCACUUUCAUAGCAGUCACAUAAAACAGCAUGAUCCCUUUGAUCUUUGGAUUAUUCCUUCUCGCAUCUACGCCCUCUCCUCCUGUCACCUUUUCCCUUCACUUGUGGACUUCAGUGCACAACACAUUAACUGUCUGUGACCAGGCAAAAAAAACGUUACAAGCCAAACUUUCAUAUCAUAACAGCUAACCGCUACACACAGCCUACAUCGUUGUCACCAUAUUAGCUACCGUCAAGUCAACAUAGCUACUAGAAAUAACGCGUUAGUAAACCCGCUACAAUCAUGCAGUACAGUGUACAGUUAGCAAGCAGUUUACCAGUUACACCGGCGGGCCCCGGUGGCAAUAAAUUAAUAAAACCAAAAGCUUACCUUGACUUGGAAGAGUUCCAGUGUUGGAUAGCCAUAGCCAGCUAGGUAACAUAUCAUCCCUCUCUGUUUGAGCCAGGUGUUUGAGUAGGCUAGCUGUAUUUCACUAGCUAAGUAAGUGAAAAAAUAUGAAAUAUAGCUAGCUCUCUCUCUCACUCUCUCUCUCUCUUGCUUCUCCUUCAUUUUUGAAGAAAUUGAUUUGUUCAAAACUGUUCAACUAUUGUCUUUCUCCUUUCUCUCUCUUUAAGUCAACUACUCACCACAUUUUAUGCACUGCAGUGCUAGCUAGCUGUAGCUUAUGCUUUCAGUACCAGAUUCAAUCUCUGAUCCUUUGAUUGGGUGGACAGUAUGUCAGUUCAUGCUGCAAGAGCUCUGAUAGGUUGGAGGAUGUCCUCCGGAAGUUUUCAUAAUUACUGUGUAAGUCUAUGGAACGGGGUGAGAACCACAAGCCUCCUAGGUUUUGUAUUGAAGUCAAUGUACCCAGAGGAGGACGGAAACUAGCUGUCCUCCGGCUACACCAUGGUGCCACCCUACAGAGCGUUGCUGAGGCUACUGUAGACCUUCAUUGCAAAACAGUGUGUUAAGUCAAUUAUUUGGUGACGUGAAUAUAUUUAUUAUAAUUCUAUCUAAAAAUAAUAACUUUUUUAAUGUUUCACUAUUUGUAUUUUUAUCAAAUUCACUGAGGAUGGUCCUCCCCUUCCUCCUCUAAGGAUGCUUCACUGCCAGAGAGAGUGUCCAACAUGACAUGUUUUCUCUCUGCUGUUUUUUUCCACUCAUCCGUGCUUCACGCCUAGAGUUUCCUGUCUACAUGACCAGAGCAGGAAACACUUUAGACCCGUAGACCUCUAGCAUAUCUCUGGUCAGGUCACAUGUUCAGGAAAAACUCCUGGCUGUACUCAUUGCUUAUUCAGUCAGUACAGGGAAGUAGUCAGUAUCAUAUUGUUAUUAUAUUUUAUUUUUUACUGUCUUUGAAUCCCUGUGCCACUGUCUAUUUCAUUGUAUGUGUCUCACAUGGACACAGUAACUAAGUUGUUUGUGUCUUCUCUAUCUUGUAGCUGCAAUAUGACGUGUCAGAUGGGUCAGUAUGGAGUGAACUGUGCCCAGACCUGCUCCUGUCACGACAAGAACUGCAACCCAAUGUCUGGGACCUGCAACCUAGGUAAGGAAACCAACCCACUCUCUUUCCUUAGUCACACACAUGUGCACGCACACACACACACACACACACACACACACACACACACACACACACACACACACACACACACACAGAGAGAGACACAGAGAGACAGAGAGACACACACACACUCUGCAACCUACGUAAGGGAACCACUCUCUUUAUUACCUCAUUCACUUUUACAGAUCUGGGAGAAUGUUAGGUCACUGUGUUUGAAGGUAGCCAUGCUGCAAGACCUAAAAUGUAGAUGUAAAAAAGGAGUUCUUAUCAGAGUAUGUGGGGCGUCAAACCCUGGUGCUUCUAGUGAUAAAGAAGUUUUUAUAUUUUGGAAAGAAAGGCAGGACAUAAAGAAAACACACGAAACCAUAGGGAACAUAUCAAAUGUGUGCACUGCACAUGAAGGUCCCAAACCCCUUGCUUGAACUGUUUGUCUAAAUAGCCAGUUGAUAGCGGUGACGCGCCUCAUGUAUAGAAUGUCUGUGAGUUGGACGGAGACAAUGUUCAUCCUAAAUGGCACCCUUUUCCCUAUAUAGUGUACUACUUUUGACCAGAGCCCUAUGGGGGAGACAAUGAGCACUAGCACACAUGUCUAUUCAGGUCAAUGUAGUAGAGUUAACAUGGAGGGAGCCUAAUGGUGUUUCCAGACUGCCUGGUGUCUUUUUUUCGUCUGUGUUUGUUGGCCCUCUUCCUGUCCCGCUGGAGAGAGAGAGAAAGAGGAAGAGGAAGAGAGAGCUGGAGGAAGAAAAGAGAUGGAAUGGGGGGAGGAGAGCAGCUUGAGGAAACAGGGUUACCAAAUGGACAUGUUAGGAAGCAGUGAUGAUGUCACCAGGUCAGGCCUUUGGGUUCUGCCAGGCCAGUUUCUUCCUUUUUCCAGCUGUGAACACAGAGGCCUUACACGCCACACCCAGGCCAUACUUUCAUUCAUCCACAGCCUCUAUGACAGCGGAGGGGCGUAGAGGGCCAGGGGCCAGCAGUAUUUAUCUAUAUGCUAACUUAUAGGUUAUCUCACUUAUGGUGUCAUCUGGCUGCACAGUGUAUGUGUACUGUUGAGAUGAAGGGUCUGAAAUGGCAUCCUAUUCCGUAUGCAGUGCACUGCUUUUGAUUAGGGCCCAUAGGGCUAUGGUUAACAGUAUAGCGCACUAUGUAGGGGAUAGUGUGCCAUUUCGGUCACACCCUAAGAGAUGCUUAUGCAACAGACGGACUGCUAUUCUGUUUAAGUGUAUCCAGCUUAGAAAGGGAGGGGUGCUAAUAAAUCAUCAAUGAAUUAUGGCGGUAUAGGGAGUGUAGUAGAGCAGUGAUAGAAUGCCGCAGCCCGUCUGGUGUUCAACCUUCCCAAGUUCUCUCACGUCACCCCGCUCCUCCGCACACUCCACUGGCUUCCAGUUGAAGCUCGCAUCUGCUACAAGACCAUGGUGCUUGCCUACGGAGCUGUGAGGGGAACGGCACCUCCGUACCUUCAGGCUCUGAUCAGUCCCUACACCCAAACGAGGGCAUUGCGUUCAUCCACCUCUGGCCUGCUGGCUCCCCUACCUCUGCGGAAGCACAGUUCCCGCUCAGCCCAGUCAAAACGGUUUGCUGCUCUGGCACCCCAAUGGUGGAACAAGCUCCCUCACGACGCCAGGACAGCGGAGUCACUCACCACCUUCCGGAGACAUUUGAAACCCCACCUCUUUAAGGAAUACCUGGGAUAGGAUAAAGUAAUCCUUCUACCCCCCCCCCCCCCCCCCCCCCCAAAAAAAAAGAAAACAUUGUAAAGUGGUUAUCCCACUGGCUAUAAGGUGAAUGCACCAAUUUGUAAGUCGCUCUGGAUAAGAGCGUCUGCUAAAUGACGUAAAUGUAAAUGUAAAAAAUAGAAAAGUGAAAAGAUGGGGUUUGACAGACAUUUCAGAAGUAGAAUCCACAACAGGAGAUAGAUAAAGCAGGUGGCGAUUUAAUAGAAGAAGGCUGUUUCAUGGAAGUCAAUUAGUCUGUUUCACAUUGUCUAUAAUUUGGAUACCUCUAUCUCUUCAAUGCCCACUUAAUGGUACAAAUGAUAGGCCUACAGUAUUUCCACAGUGUGGAGGGUCAACACAGUGCACGACAGAUUGAAUUUCAGCUCCAGAGUUCUGAUUCUGGGAGUUCAGGUAGUUCUGACAGAGAGUAACGUUAGUUUACACCAGAUAUAUUAUACAAAUGGCUCUGGUUGGCACUGGCAGUCUGGCACACCCAAAAAUCCCUGCUUGUGUCUGUCUGCUUUUUCAGAGCCCAACCAGCGGAUGGGCGUGAUCGCAGCAGGAACCCUGGUCUCUUUUCUGCUCAUUGUCCUCCUCUCGCUGCUUUGCUGCUGCUGCCUCUGCCGAAAUAAAGAUGACCACAAGUGAGUGACAGACACGGGCCUGGUGUAGAGCGAGGGAUGGGGAUGGGUUGGAAAGGAAGAGUGGGCCGUUUGCCUUCCUUGCUAAAAUAGCUCAUGCAGAUGGCUCCAUCCUUUGAAAUAGUUUUUUGCCCUUGUAUCUUAUAUUGUCACUGUCGGAAUAAAUAAAAAAUGGCAAAAAUGGAUCUACAAGGUUUUUCUUUUGACAGUGACAAUAUAUAGUAUUACAUUACAACUGUACAUACAGUCAAGUUAGGGCCUGGAGGAAAAACUGAUCAGGAAAGACUCUGGGUCCUUGUUAUAAGUUACAAUAAGGGCCUUAAGUAUUUCCUGGUUAGUUCACGUGGUAAGGAAGAACUGCAGGCUCUGCAUAGUAUGUCAUUUGUAGCCAAAUCAAAAAUGGGUCAGUAUGAUAUUGUGUGUGGUCUUUUUCUUCAUGUGGUCCAUGAGAUGUUGCUUGUACUGCAAGUGUGUCAAUACAGAUGAACAUCACCCACAUUUGAAUCGAUUUGUGGUGUUUAGUAAUUAAUAUGUUUUCCAUGGCGUCACCCCUCCCUCUUUCCCUCAGUCCUGACCAAGACAACUCUACCAACAGCAAAAAAGCCAAGCGGAUCCUAUGUGGAAGAUUCAGCCGAAUCAGCACCAAACUCCCCCGGAUCCCACUGAGACGACAGAAGCUGCCCAAAGUAGUCGGUAAGCCCCAAUCCCUCCUCCCCAUAGGCAACCAUGCCAAGACAGAAUCUGCAUCCUAAAUGGCAUCCUAUUCCCUAAAUAAUGCACUACUUUUGACCAGAGCCCUAUGGGCCCUGGUUCAAAGUAGUUUACUCUAUAGGGAAUAGAAGGUGCUAUUCGGGAUGCGUCUACAGCCACUUUCUUCAAUACGAUACUGUCUUGUUUGUUUGUGUAUAUGCUCCAUGUGUCUCUGGAUGAUCCCAUAGUUUCUGUGUCAUAGUCAUUGCAAGCCUCUUUAACUCUUCAGCAAGAGGGAGAGAGCAUUUUCAUUUUACCUUUGCUCUGUAAUACCUCGCUCUGCGACUCUCUGUGGAGUGGUUUUCAGACAAUGAAUAGGGUUGAAAAGUGUACUGCGACUGCCAAAUGGGUAUGGGGUUUCAUCUGAGAGGAAUGCACUGGUUGCAGGGCUUAUUAUUCUUGGCACCCUUAAAUACCAUGUGUUCAUGUUAUUACAACCCUAAACGGGCCCUCUCUUUUUUCCCUCCUUCCUAAGAAAGUGAGUUGAGUUCCUCCUCUGCUGGGCUGAAGGCGCUGUUAUUAAGAAAGAAAGGGUCAGUGUAGUGGUGUGGUGCUCGGGAGGUCUGAGUGGUGUUGAGUGAUACUUUAUCAAAGGCUACUCUGUUUGUGUCAACAUGGAGAGGAGAGGAGGGAGAGUAGCUCCUGUAUGUCUAUGUGGAGGGAGGGAGAGAGGGAGGUGGAGGAAGGUCUCGUGGUCUGGGAUAGGAUUGUCUGUCAGGACCCAUCUCAAGUCAGCUUAAAGGACAUUACACAUAGCCUACAUACUGAAUAACUCUCUUUUGUCUACCCAGAUGCCUUCUGGAAUCUCUAGACAUUCCAGACACGGCCACGUUCUGUGCCGUUCUGCUUUGGCUCUGCAAUGUAGGAGUUCAAUUGAAUCAUGGCUCUCUAGACUGGUUCUGAAUGCAUGGAUGGAAGAGCUCUGACAGGGUUCUGACUAUAUUUUGGAAUGGAGAAAUGCCCUAUUUGUGGGAUAUAUUGUAGUUACCCUAAGUUGCUCUUCAGUGCAAUAUGACACUUUUAAAAGCAAUAAUUUAAGACCGGUGAUGGGGAAGGAGUUAAAAAGUGGUGACCUUGUUUCUCUCCUCUUUCACGAUGAGUAGCAUGUGCUUCUCCACUUCUUUAGCUGAUUAUUUCAGCUAGCAGCUGUAUUCAUUGUGCCUGCGUAGAAACACACACUGGAACAGUAUUGUCUUUGUCAUCCAGUGUCAUGGGACAUUAAGAUCAUUUUUCACAAACACCCUCAAAGUUUACUGUAACUUAUAAACAAUCCGCCAGAGGCUACAGAAAUGGCAUUUUGUUAAAAGUCUAUGCGUAUGACCUCCUUUCAAACAAACAAGCCCUUUCAUUAUUUUGUGCACAAAGCAUAUCGUGCGAUGUCUGGAUUGCAAUCAAGCAAAUCAAGGAGAACAAACUACCACUUUGGGAAUUUGGAGAGAGUAGAAUAGAGUUUUUGGUUCAAACCAAAACCAAUUCUCUCUAAGUUUUCCUCCCUCACAUUCAACAAUACAUGACAACACACUGCUAUAAAACGACUAAAUGUAAGAAUAUACUUUACAGUCCUUCUACCAGUGUUAUAGACUCUCUUGUUCAUAAGGAGAGAUAAACUGGUCAGCUUCUCUCUCUCUCUCUCUCUCUCUCUCUCUCUCUCUCUCUCUCUCUCUGUCUCUCUGUCUCUCUGUCUCUCUCUGUCUCUCUCUCUCUCUCUCUCUCUCUCUCUCUCUCUCUCUCUCUCUCUCUCUCUCUCUCUCUCUCUCUCUCUCUCUCUCUCUCUCUCUCCCCCUCCCUCCCUCCCUCCAUCGCUCUGCUCUGCUUUGCUUUCCUCAUUGCCUGCCCACAGAAGCGUGGCCUGCCUGCCAGCGUUUUGAAACUCUACCCUCCCUGGGGCGCCGUCAGUCCCUUCAACAUUCCACAGGAGGCCCACUGGACUCGAAACAGGAAGUGGCCAAAUUUACCCCAGCCUGUGUCAGACCUAUGAUUUACCCACACUGGGGUCAACAUACUACAACAGAUGUGGCAAGACAAAAGGAAAGAUGAAAUAGGGGAGGAAGAGGAGGGAGGAAGAGGGGGAGGAGGGAGGAAGAAAACAUUUGCUCUGUCUUUUGCAUAGCUCGUAUAGCUCCUCCGCUCCUUCAUACGUAAACGUUCCCCCCAUCCCCCAUCCUGUACUAAAACCUCCACACUGCUUAUAGUUUGUCAUUCCAUUCUAAGCAUAUUUAUUCCACGCCCUACACUAUAGUUAGCUAUCUCACGCUCUGCUGGCUGCCUUCCCCCAUUUCCAUUCCGUAGCCCUCUGUGUGUGCGUGUGUGUCACAAAUGGCACCCUAUUCCCUAUACUGUACAGUGCACUAAUUUUGACCAGGGCUCUGGGGGAUAUAGGGGAUAGGGUGCUAUUUGGGAUGCAGUUGCAUGUCCGAAUGCUUCCCUGUGAAAAGUGAUGUGGAGCGGGACCACCUGCUCCAGGGUAGCUGGCCUCACAGGCAGCUAUGAUAGGCCUGUACAGCUGGAGCUCGUCAAGAAAUGCACAGUUGUCCAAUGGACUCUGUGUAGGCUGAGCUUUGGUCUUUCAGUGCUGUCCUGUCUCUCCCUGAAGAAUCCAUCCGGCUCCAGACUUUUAGUCUGGUGUGAACAUUCAACCACAGCAGUUGUUCAGUGAAGCAUGAAAGAGAAUGAAUGGAAUUAAGAGCCAGUUGGUUAGUUGGUCAAUUGAGGUUACUUACAGUAGGCCCUAUUGGACACUGCAUCAGUCUUGAAUAAUAUAGUCUAGCACAGACAUUGGUUAAGUCAACUGGGACAUUCUGCUAUUGUACCUCCUUGGCAUUGGAGUCGUCUGUCCAUUAUACUCUAGCACAGCAGGGCUGUUACAAUAGUCAUAAAGUGCAAACCGUCCAAACAGAAAGUCUGGUGUAUUUAUUUAUGUAUCUCCUUUAUUGAAUUUGAGCAAAAUAUUUAUCAGCUGGAAGAAAAGCCUUUUUUUUCUGUGUCCGUGGAUAAAUAUUUGGGUGGGCACUGUUUAUAUUAUAUUGUUUGUAACGGCUGCCAUUGCUACAGUCCAACUAAUCUACAUCAAGUCAAUUUCCUCCAUUUAAUCCCAUCACCAUGGCGGUAUUAUGUAGAAUUUGAACAAUAUCUGAACAAUAUUGGGAUAUUACCAGAUAUAAUGACAGGAACAAUAUUAGAAGUGUUGAGAUUGACUCUGCAGUAUGAAGGACAUCCUCAUAGUACCCACCAUUUUCAGUGGAAAUUCCCACCAACAUAGAAAGUCCCCUUGCGUCAAUCUAAUUAACAAAAUAAAAAAAAACGUCAGAACAGUUUGGCCUACAAACUAAUAUGGAAAGAAGAGACUCUCACGAACAUGAUGGUGUGCUCCAUUUUGCUCUAUGACAUCCACAAGCCCCAUAGGACUUGUCUGAAGUUGGUACCGCCGAUGUGUCAAAUUUUGUCCGUAGCAUCCGAACCGUUUGGGCUACAGACUGAUAUGGAAAGAUGAGACUCACAGGACUGAAGGAAACCCCGUACUGGUUAAAACAAUUAAUGAAGUAGUUUUGUGCCCCCCCCCCCCCAAAAAAAAGGGGCUAAAUAUGUGUAAAAAAUAUAUACAAAUCCAGAGAUUUCGUAUAUCUCCUAGAUAUAGGACAGACACUUCAAAAUCUAAUUCCUAAUGAUACAUUUUUGAACUGUCUGUUUGACCAUUUAUGAAUGUGUUAUUCAAUGUGUUUCUAUGGGGUAUAGCAGGCCCAAUUCUAUAUUUUUAUUUGAUCAAAUAAUAAAAAAUGCUCAUCUGAUACCUACAGGGGUCCUAAAAUUCAAAAAUCUAAAAGCUAAAUGAUCCAUGGUAUGACCAUCUUAAAACAAUGCCAUAUGUUAGCUUAGGAGAACCCCCCACCCCACCCCACCCCAAGGCUUAGUUAACAAGCGCUGUGAGAAUAGUACAAUAAUGCUGCUCUUGCAUUUACACAUCUCCUGGUACUCAUUUAACUGUAGCUGUACCACACCUGCUUGUGUUGGUGUUAGCAGAGGUCAGUUGUUUUACAGUUUGGGAGAUGACUUCCAUGCCACAACGUUCAUACCAUAAACUCAUAACACAAUAAGGACCACAAUGGAAAUACGUUGUAAAACUUUUUAGAUAUAUCCUCGAUGAUUUUAAAUGCAGUAAAUCCACUUGUGUGGCUGAAUUGUGUUUAAAAUGGUCAAAUAAAUCAUGUUGAAUACAUAGAGACUCAGUGUAGUUGGAGGGGAACUUCCAGCCAAGAGAGGGUUUAGUUUUAGCUUAGCGUUAGCGGAGAACAAACGGAUGGGCUCAUGUGUCAUCGAGUGGAGGGGGGAGGGUGUAAAUUGACAUAUCUGAUGUGGUUAGUGUCCAGUUAACGCCCAGUCACACACACACACACACACACACACACACACACACACACACACACACACACACACACACACACACACACACACACACACACACACACACACACACACACACACACACACACACACACAUACACACAAACACAGUCAGUCUACAGCCAGUUGGGGAAAGGAGAAGAGGAACCACAGACAUCCCACACGAACACAGCUGUCCCCAGACUGAAGGGUCAGCAGAAUACAUCAACAUCUAAAGAGGAGGAAGGGAUGCAAGGAGGGAGGGAGGCAGGGAGGGAGGGAGGAGGGAGGCAUGGAGUGAGGGAGGCAUGGAGGGAGGGAGGCAUGGAGGGAGGGAAAUUACCUACAUUUAGGAAAUGGAGCAUUCUCUGUCUAUUGCAAUGAUAACUAAAGGAAAACUUGAACUUAUUUCUCAGUAAAUAGCAGUUUGUUCAAGGAAUGUAGAAUCACGCAGAUUGUCACAAAAUACCAACAACAAAUCAACAUGAAAAGUUUAUGAACACUAUUGAAACACUCUAGCUAGUUCAAGCCAGACUCCCUUACAACAUCAACACACACCACAACAUCUUGUGGAAUCAGUGUCUCUCGAUCUGUUGUUCUUGUAAGGUAGUCCUGUCAAUCUACUUCUCUCUGACCCCUGCUUCUCUGUGUUUGUUUUCUCUCCCUGUCCCCCAGUAGCCCACCACGACCCUGAGAACACAUUCAACUGCAGCUUCAUCGAGCCCCCCUCUGUCGUCGAGCAGCCCUGCCCCUCCUCCUGGUCGUCCCAGGAGUCCUUCGAUUCCUUCGAGGAGGAACCCAGCGAUGAUGGCCCCGUAUACUGUGUACCCCAUGAA